AAUUGCGUCACGUUCCCUUGCCUGGUCAGCAUGGCCUGGGCGGAUGUUGUGUUCGUUAUGAUCUGUGUCCCCCACGCCAUCUUCAACCAUUUCAUCAGCCACUGGACACUGUCCCUGUUCCUGUGCAAGAUGUCGGGCUUUGUGGAGAAUCUGUCAGCCAACGCUACUGUACUCAACCUUAUGUUAAUCAGCAUUGAGAGGUAUUUCGUGAUCGCCCACCCCCUGUCGUCCAAGACUCUCUGCUCCUCCAGGAAGGCUCGGAUUGCCCUGGCCUGCACUUGGGUGGCCGCAUUCCUGCUGGCCUGUCCGGAGUUCGUUGUCAUGGACACGGAAACCAACAAGUACUACAACAACACGACCUCCGUGGUUGUCGUCAUGUGUGCUGACGUCGGUGUGGGCAGUCAGGACAGACUGGCCUACUCCUUCUGGAAGCUGUCCAGUCUGUUCGUCAUACCCACCUGCAUCCUGCUCUUCUGCUACAUCCGGGUCAUCUGCAUCCUCUGGCUCAGCACGAGGCAGCUACAGACGAUGACGUCACAUUCGAGAUUUGGCACCACACGGAUCGAAUACAAUCACCAAGUAACUUUGAGAAACGGAAGUCCGCAGUCCCGAUUGAGGUCGAGUCCAUCAUUGCGGGCGGGGGAGGAAGCUUUGACGGCGCGAAGACAAAUCGUUAUCAACAUGCUCCCGUACAUCCAGUCGUGCAUCAACCCCAUCAUCUAUGUCCUCAUGUCCAAGAACAUCCGCAACAGCAUCGGUCAGCUGGCCGCCUCACUGUGUGCCUGCAAACAGUGCUCACGUGACCCCUGGGCAGACUCCCCGUCUCACGAGCUCAUGCAGACCAACCACAGUCAGGUGGGAGCCGGGCAGUCGUACGACACGUACAGAAGCUUUGCUGGGCUUAAGUCCACUUCACACGUCUAA